AUGGAAGCAGCACAGAGCAUGGCGACGUUACCUCAGCUUCGCCAGUUUGAGCACAUAGCGGCCUGCCCUUCCACGAAGGCAUCAACUCUUGAGACAUCCACGAGACCACGGGCUGGCCAGUCAUCUAAGACGACAUCAACAGUGAUUUCACCUCUAAAUUCGAAGUUCAGCCCUACGAACGGUACAGAUUUUGGAGCGUCACCUGAGCGGCCCACGAAACGAAUUCGACUCGUUCCUUCUAAUAGCUUGGACCAGCUUCACGAUAGUGGUGGGCUGCACCGAGCACCGUCUUAUGGUCCAAAGGAGAUUGAUGAGCUCCCAAUAUGUCCUUUUCAACCGCUCACCCCACACAUGAUUAGUUCACGUAUGAGUAAUCCUAUGACACCAGCUUCAUCGCCCACGAACUCAGAUGUAGCUCGUCAAACCUGGCGGCUGGGUGCCAAGUUCUACACUCCGCAAGAUCACCAUGUUCGAAGGGUGUCUGUGCAUUCGUUGCUGUUAAGCUCACCAGAGGUGCAGCACUCGCGAACAAUGGGAGGGAACCCUGCUCAAGCAUAUGCUGACUGCACAACACCAUCGCCACCCCCUGGGGAAAAUUCUCCGACCCAACAGCGAGCCAAACCAAAUCUCCAGCCAGAAAGCUAUGGCCUGGAUCGCGGCUCUCCAGAUAUCGAUGUGCCCAACAAUAACGACUCUGCUUCCAUUAAUGGCGUUCCCCCCUCUCAAGACGGCGAUCUUGACGCUUGGCUUGAAAAUGCUGAGCUUGGAACACCACAACUCGGCUUCCGCUUGCAGAAACGGGAGUUCGUCUUUGCCAAAGGUGGCUAUUACGCCUCGCCCGUGCCUAUCAAGAUACCAAGAACGCUUCAACCACUGCCAUCGGCUCUCUUGGAGAGUCCCAUGAAUCUGCUCUAUUUUCAUCACUUCCUGAACCAUACGGCGAAGGUUCUAGUGGUUCACGAUUGCUCACAAAAUCCGUUUCGGACAAUCCUUCCUCAGAUGGCCAUGCAAAACGAUCACCUUUGUAAUUUGCUCCUUGCAUAUUCGGCGUCGCAUCGCGCCCGUCUCUUGAAUCACCCCGAGCCCGCUAAUCGUAUAGCUCGGUGGGUUAGGCACGUCUUUCCUUCGCUACGACAUGCCCUUGACGAUGCCGAGAACUCUGAUGCUGAGCUCUCGAAUGCCAAUCUUGCCACAGCGAUAAUGCUUACAUCUUUGGAAAUCAUCUCGCCUUCGGCCUUCGGCGUCCAUAUCUCCUGGCGGGCCCAUUUGAACAUAGCGCGUAGGAUAAUCAGAUGUGACAGUAUCCGUUUCCAGUCCAUAUCCAGGAAGAAUGCUAUUCCUUAUUUCCUACAUCUUUGGCUCGCUUACAUUGACGUUUUUGGUUCUCUCUCAAGCGGCGCUACGGAAGAGCCCCUCUACUACGCAACGUUGGAAGAAUUUUCUUGCGAAACUGUUUCCACUCUUUCAGAAGACGAUGAUUACACAAUCGAGUGUAUGCUGGGGUUUACCUCACGUUGCGUUCCAAUACUUGCACGCAUCGCAAAUCUGGCGAGGUUGUGCUCAAACGAGCGACAGGACACCAUGGUAGGAACAAUCAAUCAUGAAUGGCGGCCUGCCCAGGCAAUUCAAUUAGAGUGUGGUAGGCUCCAAGCUGAGCUUGAACGGUCUAGGCGCCAUUCGGUUAAGCUGUGCCCUCACUACUAUCACGUUGACAGCCGUCCGAGCACAGAGGAUGUUUUCGACAAGCCGGACGACGACGCCAUUGCCAUGAUCGAGUCCGAGGCAACAAAUGACGCCUUUCACCGCGCCGCCCUCAUCCAUCUACUGCGUCGGGUCCGAAAUCUGCCUCGCUAUACCGCCGAAAUUCAGAAUGCAGUCCAGGACACCGUGGACGCGAUCUCAAAAGUCCGGGCUGGUGGCAGCGCAGAAGCUUGUCUUCUGUUCCCCAUGUUCACUGCUGGCGUGGAAGCUGAGGGUGGGAAUACCCGUUCUCUCAUCCUAGAACGCAUCAAGAGUCUGGAGGGCGUCGGUAUGAUGCACGUAGCCAGGGCGAGAACACUGAUGGAGAAGGUGUGGGAAACGGGGCAAGAUUGGGAAACGCUUGCUCAGGGGGAGUUUUUUGGAUAA